AUGAUUGCUACUGUGGCUUUCAAUAGAAGUCAAGUACAGCAGCCCCAAACAUCCUCGACCCUUACUCUUUCCUCCCCUCAUCUCUCACGCGUUGACCUCGCCGGAAGAAAUAAACAGAAGCAGCAGGAGUCGCCGGAACGAGCACCACCGGCUGCCACCGUUGUUCUCAGCCCAAUCCGCCCUCCCCCUGUCGUGACCUAUUGCCAUCAAACACCCCAACGUCGCUGCUACCUUCCACAUGUUGCCUCCGUUCCAGCAUUCACCUGCCAUGCGCUGCAAUCAGUCACCAAUCUACCACCUCCCAUUCCUUUGUAUCCACAACACAUAUGCAAAUCAUUAGAUCAAACUCCUUCUACAUUGCUUCAGAUCAAACCCAUUACUGCACCCACAAUUAGAGACAUCACCCCAUUCUUUUACCUUCAUCUACCAGCAGCUCCCCACCCAUAUGUAGGGGUGAUCUUCACCAAAACGAAUCUCCCAAUCGUAACAAUCAAGACAAAUUCCACAACAAUCGCUAAAUCUGGAGGGAGGUUCGAGAUCCAAAGAUUAUGUCGACCCAAUCACUUUGGGGUUUUCCUUCACGAUGGAUGGUCACCACAGGAGGUGAGUGUGCCUCUUGGUGGUCACCACAGUAACACCACCCUUGGUGGUGUUUGUCCUCGGCGGGCUUCGUUUCGCAAUCAGGGCAAGAGUUUGGUGUUUGCUUUACGUUCCUUUUGA